GUCUCUGCUGCUGCCGGGCAGGCGAGGCGGGCUGGAGCGGGAUGGCCGGCCGGGGAGAGCAGCAGGAGCCCGGCCCCGCCGCCGCGAGACCAGCCUCCCAGACUCGAGAGAGCCCUCCAAGUCCGACUGCGCUAACUGGAGGAUCCGGAGCCCCCGGGGGAGGUGCCGCCUAGGCGUGGCCUAUGGAGGGCCUGCUGCCCAUCGUCUCUAGGGACUUCCUUGCGGGGGCCUGUGCGGUCCUGUGGACGUACCACUUCCAGCCUCACACGCUCCUGCUCUGACUCCCACCCUCCCCCUCGCCGUCCCGCCCGCGGCACCAGCCUCCCCGCCUCGAGGAUGUGCAACGCGUCCCUGCUGAGCUGCCACGUCGACUCCAAGGUCGACCACCUCUUCCCGCCCACGCUCUACAUCAUCGUCAUCGCCAUCGGCCUCCCCACCAACUGCAUGGCGCUCUGGGCGGCCUACCUGCAGGUGCGGCAGAAGAACGAGCUGGGCGUCUACCUGAUGAACCUCUCCAUCGCGGACCUGCUGUACAUCGGCACCCUGCCCCUCUGGAUCGACUACUUCUUCCACUACGACAACUGGAUCCACGGCCAGGAGUCCUGCAAGCUCUUCGGCUUCAUCUUCUACACCAACAUCUACAUCAGCGUCGCCUUCCUCUGCUGCAUCUCCGUGGACCGCUACCUGGCCGUGGCGCACCCGCUGCGCUUUGCCAAGUUCCGGCGGGUCAAGACGGCCGUGGCCGUCAGCGUGGUGGUGUGGGCCAUCGAGAUCGGGGCCAACUCGGCGCCGCUCUUCCACAACGAACUCUUCCACGACCUCUACAACCACACCUUCUGCUUUGAGAAGUACCCCAUGGAGGAGUGGGUGGCAUGGUUGAACCUCUACCGGGUCUUCAUCGGCUUCCUCUUCCCCUGGGUGCUGAUGCUCUUCUCCUACCAGGGGAUCCUGCGUGCCGUGCGGGGCAACAUCUCCACGGAGAAGGAGGAGAAGGCCAAGAUCAAGCGGCUCUCGCUCAGCCUGAUCGCCAUCCUCCUGGUCUGCUUUGGGCCCUACCACCUCAUCCUGCUGUCUCGCAGCACCGUCUACCUGAGCAAACCGUGCGACUGCAGCUUCGAGGAGAAGGUGUUCGUUGCCUACCACACCUCGCUGGCCUUCACCAGCUUGAACUGCGUGGCUGACCCCAUCCUCUACUGCUUUGCCAACGAGGGGGCCCGCAACGACGUGGCUAAGGCCUUGUCCACCAUGGUGCGCUUCCUCACCAGCUCCAAGCCCCAGGAGAUGGCCAACGCCUCGCUCACCCUCGACACCCCUCUCUCCUCCAAGAAGAGCUACUUCUGCCGGCAGCCCCUGGCCCUGCCUCUGCCCCCCUCCCAGGUUGCGGAGGGGACGCGGGAGGAGGAGCUCCAAAUGAAGAUAGUGACUUUUAACCACUGAACUUCCCACCAGCCCCCUGGCGCUCGACAGUGAGAGUAGAGGGCACAGCACCUUGCUGGCAACCUGCCAGGGCAGACAGCCUGUACAUACAGUAUUGGGAAAAUAAAAUAUUGUUAUUAUUGU